GUGCGUCGCGCGAUGGUGUCAGGUGUCGCAUUUGCGAGCCGAACGACGGCGUAACGUAACCUCUUAUAUUAACUUUAGACUCGAACGAAAUUGCCGGAUUCAUUCAUUCGUCGCAUCGAUCUCUUCUUCUGACGCACGACGACGAUUGACGAGUAUGUCAUGUCUUGAAUCGUUGACACUGCACGACGAUUCGACUAGCGUGCGAUAAUCUCGUAAACGCGGCGCACGUAACGCAAGGGCGACGACACACACGCAUCCGCGAGGAAUGGCCUCUCCGAAGCGCGGAAUGCGAUGAACCAGUUAUGUUGCCCUCCACCGGUUAUUUUAAAACGAUAAAUUGCCCGUUUUAUGACAGCGGAUCGUGCGAUCGACCCUAUUGCCAUUUCAAACAUGCUAGACGAGAAGAUGCGGGAAGCACAGCAGGAAUGGCUGGGGUGGUGGAGGCCCAGGCGGCGGGGCAAGCACAGGAGGACAAAUCUGCCGAUGUCAUAGCUUCGAAUCCUGAUAUGCUACAACAUUUAGUAACAGAAGCUGUAAAAAAGGUACUUGCGGAUCAGGAAGUCACAGAUACAGAGAAAGUUUCACAGAACAUUGUCUCUCAAGUAGUGGAAGGACUCAAACCAACCCUAGGCUCUGGUUCUGCUGCUCCUUUAUGCAGUGCUACAUCAAAUAUAGUAGGAAAACACAUUGCAAUUCCCACGCCCAUUACAAAGCCAGUUGCAUGUGUUUAUAAUCCAACCCCGAUAGCGGAAUUGAAAAAGCGACACAUACCUGUGGUUUCGUAUAUGCCAACCAGGGAAAGUAGAGUGGCUGUGAAGCGUAAAUUCUCGCCAGAUAGGAUUAAACCAUGGUUAAAUAUUCAGGAACAGGAAUCUAGCAGCUCUCAAUCAUCUGAAAUUACAUAUAAACCUACUGCAAUAGUCAAUUCAAUCGAUCAAGAUACUGUACAGAGUUAUAUACCAACAAUUAAAUCAGAUUCAUCCUCAUCAAAUUCGUAUGAUGACAGCAACUCAAAUGAUUAUCAGUCUAAAUUUAAGGAAAUAUACCAUCCAAAAUCUAAGAAAAGGCGGGAGGAAUAUGUUCCUAAAAAUGUUAAGGCGCCAUUAAAAACGGUUCAACAAUUAAAUCAUGCUACUUUGAAUCAAUUUGAGUCAGAAUUUGAUAUGAUAGAUGAGCUUCUUACUGCUGAUCACACUGCUUCUAAUACAUUAGAACAAGCUAAAACAUCAGCCAGUGAGGACUCUCAAGAUUAUUCUUUAGAUAUUGAACCUAAAUUUUCUGAUGAUGAAUCUGUAGAAGACAUAUCUAAUAAUGAAUAUAAUGCAAACAUUAAAAAAGCUGAGCAAAUAGAGGAUGUGAAUGAAAAAGAGAAGGAAAAUUUGCAACAUGCAAGAGCUGAUAUAGAUAAACAAACUAUAGAUAAACAAACAAGCAAUAAAGAUAAAAAAAUUCAUAAUAAUCACUAUGAUAUUAAAACGGGUGAUACAAAAAGUAGUGAUAGGUCUAAACAUAAAACUGACACAAGUAAAUUAUCACAGAGAAAAGAGGAAAGUACAAAAGAGAGUACUGAUAAGGAGAAAGAAAGACACGGAAGUCAUAGUAAAAGCAAGAAAAGAGAUAGAGAGGACCAUCAUAGUUCUAGGAGGAGAAACAAAGAAAAAUCUCGACAUGAAUCAGAUUCCAGGGAUAGGCAUCGUCCUUCCUCUAGUAAAGAUAAAGAUAAGAAAAAAACCAAUCGUGAUAAUAAAGACUCUUCGCAUCGAAGUAGAGAACAUUCCGAUUCGCGAAGACAUAGGCAUACUUCUCCAAAGAGAGAUCGAAACAAUCAUAAAUCUAGCCGACAUGAUAAACAUAAAUCAAGAACAAAUUCAUCGAAUUCUAUAUCGAAUAAACAUACAUCUAGCAGAAGCGAUAGAAAGCAUCAUUUGGAAUCGAGUCGAAGAUAUAAUGAUUCUUCUAAAAAAUCUAGCAAACAUAAAGAAAAUAGUAGCGAAAGGAAUUCAUCUGAUAGUUCUGCAGAUAGUAUUAAUUCUUUUAUGGACGGGGAAAAUUUGGAAAACAUGGACGAAGAAAUUUUAGAAUUAUCAGAUUCUGAUCAUGAUGUACAAGAAGAAUGCCUAAGAAUAUUUCAGGAAUAUCAAGCCUCUGAUCAUCCAAAAUUAGUAUCAGUUAAAAAAUCUUUAAAAGAAGAAACCGAAGACGUGGAAGAAAUUGGUAAGAAAAGAGUCGCACAUCCUUCAGCAGCUACAAGUGUCACUAGACACUUAGGUCCUAGUCAGCCACCAAAAAAACUCAUAACACCACAACAGAAAAUGUACGAACGAUGGCGUUUGAUGAGAGAAGCAGCGACUCGAAAGGCCGCAGAGAGGGCGACAACUGAUAUGAAAACUCAAGUUACAUCUACGUCAGCAGUUCAAUCUUCAAGUAAUUUACAUAAAGAGCAUAUCGAGACCGUCUCAUCAACAAGCAAUAGCGAUCUCCAAUCGAAUGUGAAUGGUCGUAUUAGAAUCGCUCAUGUUCCAUAUGCACAAUCUCUUGCAAUGGAAAAGAAAAAGGUAGUAGUGACAGCAGGAAAUUGCGAGAACAAAGAAAUAAAUAACAAAACAAUAGCGCAAACUACAAAGGGCAGUGUACGCGUCGCUCACAUUCCGCAAAUAGUACCUCAACUAAUACGUCCAGAACCGCUUCAAGUCGCUACUCAGAAGUUUCCCUUAAAUGUUCGACAGUAUUAUAUUAAUAUGAUGCACGAUAUAUGCGUGCAAAUUUAUACGAACAGUGAGGAUGCAGCGCAACGCGCCGUUAAAGAGGAAUUCGCAUGUCACGAAAAAUGUAAGGCGCUCGCUGUAUAUAAAAAUUCGUGUAUGCUGGCGGCUCAUAGACUGAGGAAAGAAGUCGAUCAAAAUAAAUCGAAUGAAAAGUCCGUUGGAUCAAACUGUGGUAUGGUAUCUCACGAAGCCAUGCUUGCUGGCAAAUCAAAGGGCUCUUGGAGCAUAGUCAAGAGUAAAAAGAGUGUGGUAGAUUUUAAAGGACCUGCACUCUACAAUAUGCUCAAGAGAUGGAUCAUGACAGAGCAGCAGCUCAGAGAUAAUGGAUUUCCACGUAGGCAUCCAGAUGGUACAAAGGGGCGAGCAAAGGUGUAUGUAACUAAUGUGCGGAACCAAACUGUUUUGUCAAAAGUGCCUAAUGAAAGAAUGUGUAGUCGAUGUGGCCAAGCAUACAUGGUAGAUAAACAGGGCUUUGCUGUACAGCAACAAAAUUGUAUAUAUCACUGGGGAAGGAAGUUUACAAUUAAAGGUGAAGGCAAGUAUAGUUGUUGUCAGCAAUAUGGAUCAGCUACUGGUUGCUGUGAUGCAAAGACACACGUAUGGGAUUACACAGAUUAUGAAAAUCUUCGUGGUUAUGUUAGAACUUUAUCAAAAGAUGUUUCUAUGGACGAACAAGGUGUUUUCGCACUUGAUUGUGAAAUGUGUUAUACUACACAUGGUUUAGAAUUGACAAGAGUGACAGUGAUUGAUGAAGAUUGUAACGUAAUAUAUGAAACGUUAGUCAAACCACAAAAUCCGAUAAUUGAUUAUAACACAAGAUUCUCAGGGAUUACAGAAGAAGAUAUGAAAAACGUGACGACGACUAUAUUAGAUGUACAAGCUACACUUCUUACAAUGUUUUCGGACAAAACAAUUCUGGUGGGUCAUAGCCUUGAAAGCGAUUUUAAAGCUUUGAGGCUACUUCAUGAUACCGUUGUGGAUACCAGCAUUAUGUUUCCGCAUAAAAAUGGAUAUCCACAAAAACGGGCAUUGAAAAAUCUCUGUUCUGAAUAUCUCAGAAAACUGAUACAAAAUGACAUUGGUGGUCAUGACAGUAAAGAAGAUGCCGUCGCUUGCAUGGAGUUAAUUCGUUGGAAAGUGAAGGAAGCAGCGAAAUUACAAUAACAAUGUUUCACUUACAGUUUAUUACGAACAUCGUGCGACUAUUGCUGUAAGACUACAACUCGUAUUAUUGUGCAUACUUUACUGUCGUAUGUAUGUGUAUCAUAUUUUCUUAUGUAUAAAUAUGUAAUAUACAUGUAAUGUAAUAUACAUUCAUUGUAUCGAUUUAAGAUUUCUUUUCACAUUAAAUUCGAGAUCGAUAGUUGAUAAGAUCACACAUCCGCGGACAUCUUGUGACAUUUAUAUGCAAAUCAUGAACAACUGAUAAUAGAUGGAUGUAAAGGAUUUCGAUAUAUACAUUACGAUAUUUCGAUUAAUAUUUUUAUACUCCGUUAUAUUAUUGCUUAUUUAUAUUUUAUAGCAUUAAAAGAACGAGAUACGUUG